GUUUUUUAACUCUUCCAAAUCGAUUCUUGAGUCAACUAUCAUAUUGAAUAUCUUCUUCAACCGACGUUAGUCGCAUAAUCCGAUACUUGAUUUUAGAUCGCGCAAUUUGGCUCUUUAAGCCAUCGCUAUGUACGGUCAACGACGGUUAGCAUUCGAAACGAGAUUUAUUGAGCCGUGCUCUCCGAAUGACUGACCGUCAAAUCACCGAAUCAACUAUCGGACUCGCAGGACGCCUUUCACAUUUACCUUACGGGUUAACCAAGGCGGAGGAUUGCGGAUGGCAAUCCACUAGGAACUUCACCCAAAGAACCCCUGUGUUCAAGGAGCUUGGCCUUCAUAAAACAUGGCGGCCAACUACUGGUUUGCAAUCUCCAGGUUCAUCAGACACUGGCUGGAAUACGAGCAAGAAACAACAAAAAUGGCUUUUGAAAGCAAAUCCUGAGGCUCGCCUAGGUAAUGAAUGUAUUCAUGAUGAACUAAUGUCCUCACAUUCGUCGUCGCAAAGUCACGACAAUGGACCGUGGAGCUCAUCGCUUUUCGCAAUUGGGGAAUUAACCGACACUAGUGAGCCGCAGUCAGUCUCUGGUGCUCCACUAGUAGCAAUUGUUACAGGCGAAGUAAAUGACGUCCUUCGUCUAGCAAAGCCGGGUAUAGAGGAAUGGCAGUGGCAUGGCGAAGAGAACGUCUCUCUAGGGUUCGGGGACAUGACAGAGCAAGACGAUGUGGUUCUCUAUAAAGAGGAGUUUGCGGGGCCUAUCCGCCGUCUGAAAAGUGUGGUCGACUCGAAGAGGUACGAUCCGACGCGCUGGAUAGUUGUCCAAAGAGACACCGGCACCCGGGUAUUCCAGCCAGAAUAUCGAUUAUCCCCGACGAUUUCCGCGUACGAUCGUGGAGGGAAAACCUCCCGUAUUGUAGCGAAUCCGUUGUUUUUUUUUUCAAGGGACCAAACCGGAGGGAGUCUACAUUCAGAUGCUUCGUUUAACCCCGGUGUAAGGUCAAAGCCGCCCCAACUUGGGCUCAUCGACGAAUGUGGAUUUUGGAGUAUUUGGGACAUUGCUCAUACCAAAUCCAGAUCGUCUAAAAAGCCGAAGGUUCGCUUAAACAAGUGCGGGCAUAUUGAGCAGGGUGUUUUGGAUCGUCUCCCGCCGAAAGGCACCGGAGAACCACAAUGUCACAAAAUACUCUGGGUUGGUAGCCUAUCAGAAGACUCUCAAGAAUUUGGCUUGGAGGAGGACACGGAAGAUCCCGAAACGCAGAGCUCAUUUCCACAGCUUGUACGAUCAUCAACAUUGCUUUUGUGUAACAAGAAGCUCGUUAGGCUGCUUGACCUGACGAAAAAUUCGGCUUUACCCGACUUGCCUUUUAUUGCGGAAAGAAGUCGAGAUUGCGUUCUGGAUGUCGGUCAAAAUCCACGAGACACCCAAUAUGUCUUUGUCCUAACCACGUCGAAAUUAUUUGUGGUUAGAGUGUAUUCGGCUCCAGGGCAGGAUUGGGGGAAGAUCCAGAAACAUUGGAAUAUCGUUCUAGCGGUAUCUCACCUGAGAGAUAGUUUUGACAGGAGUUUGAAACUUACGGUUGCUUCAGGAGCUGCAUUACCUGAGCGAAACACCUCCUUGAUCUACAUCUCUUCGAGUAGUAAUGCUCGGCUCGACCUUUUCUGUGUUGCUAUGAUGAAAAGCAAUCCUUCGAUGGUUAAAUAUCAUAGCGAAACCGUCGUACUGGAUGCUUUCCAGCAUGCGUCCCCAGAGAUAGCGCCCCUGACGAUAUGCGUUCAUCCUAUACCGGUUGCUUUAAAGCCUUCAAAAAUGACAACUGAGUUCGCACGUAGUUUUUCCAUGCGGCAGAUACAAUUAUACCAGCUUGCUGUCCUGAGAAAAGACAUGUGUGUCGUCUCUUCGCUUUGCGUGUCUACCCUUUCGUUGUCCAUUGACCGGAUAAGUUGUCCGGACUACAAGGUGACUCGAACAAGAGACCUGUCCAAGGAGAGAAAAAGGGCAUUAAGAGAGAUUUCCGCACGCUUCGUGGUCCCGGACGACGUCGCUAUGUAUGGCGAUGAAGGCGAAUAUCACUCAGCCAUUACCCCACGCAUUUCUAGGUGGACAGUGACACGAAGACCUUUUGGAGUACUCUACGAAUUCCUCCGUACAAUGUUCAAUGAGGUCAGAGAACAUCAAGAAUUAUCUGUUGGAGACGAAGAAUUUAGUUACAAUCUAUUCGACGAUGUUCAUAUUGCUAUUGAGCGAGUCAUCGAAGCUGGAAAUAUGCCCGCUACUACCAUUUUCCAGAUGAUAGAGGACUUGAAAUUGCCUAUUGAUAUGAGUCUCGCAGCUUCCGACUGGAGGCUCGAAAUAGAACGACUGAGGCGCAUCAAACUAAACGUGGUGCUAUUGGCACUCGAUCGGCUACAUAUCCCGAUUUUCAAGUUAUCGAACUCACUUGAUGAUUUGCAUUCCGCGCUCGGUGUCACAGUGGCGGGUGCGAAUUUCGAUGAUAGGAGAGAAGACUGGAUCGAAGAGAUGCGAUCAACGGUAAUUCGACAAAUAGCCUGCGAUGUUUACCUGUCUCUCUUUGUGUUGGUGCAUCGCCAAGUAGAUCGCCAAGUAGAUCGCCAUGUAGAUUUGAAUGAAUCUCAGCGAACCCUUGCGCAUGAUCUAGACAAGAUGGUCAUUGAUAGCCAGCAAGGAAGCCGUGCCGGAAGCGUAGCGAGAUCACAAUCUGAGUUCUCUACCACGAGUUCAGUGGAGUCGAAAACGGAGAACUCCCCGGAAGAAGACCCGGCCAUGGCACUUCUAAGGUCAUAUACGGGAACCGGCAAAUUCGUACCUACGAAAAGCACUGCACUUUUAGAUAAGUGGGAAGUCGGGGGCAACCCAGAUGAUUAUAUGUUCGACCUCCAUUUAGAUGACGAGGUGACUCCCGGCAUGCAAAAGCGGGCGAAGAAGCUGGCUCGCGAAAAUCGAAAGCGACGGAGAGCCGAAACACUUCUCCAGAUACAUAAGGACCAAGAGCCAAGUCUACCCGCAACCCAACCGGCACCGAAUAUCCGCUUCUCUAGUCAGUACAGUCAGCCUGCCGGUGGCUUUUCGAGCCAACCUAUCAGAUCGGAUUCGUUACACACAAUGUCUCAGCCGAUGGCCGGCAUGUUUGGUCGCAGAGAUGAGAGACCGAAAAAGAAAGUAAAAAAGCGGCAAGGCGGGUUUUAAUGGUGGUAGAUACAGAGCCAACCUUGUCCUGGACUUCUGGGCUCUCAUGUUGAAAUCAUCUGUUAAUUAUAAAAAGGGGUUGAUGUAUUCUAAGAAGAGUUUCACGUAGGAGCAAUCUGAUGUAUUCUGCCCAGGUCAUAAUCGCAAUUAUUACCAGUUUUUCUCAAUUCUACCAAGGAAUAACCAAAGUCUAGAAACAAGUUGAAUGUUUAAAUUUGGUAUAAAGAGCUCUACAGUAGCGAGAAUUUAAUACAAGUUAACUUUCAA